ACCCUCCGGUGCCAACCCUGCGGUACACGAUGGGUUCCCGGGCUCUGCUCCGGCUCCGCUCCGCUCCCCCUGCCUCGCCCUUCACCUGCAUCCGCUCCACCCCCCACCCGCCUCCAUCAAUCAUCCAUGGUCCCGGUUGUCGUCUGCUCCACGCCAGGCCCUCGGGGCCCCCCGGUGUCUUGGCCCCGCUGUACCCCGAACACAUCCCCACCAGCCCACUGCAGAAGGUGCUGCUGGCGGCCGGCUCGGCCGUCAUGGCCCUCUACGACCCUUAUCGGCACGAUAUGGUCGCAGUCCUAGGUGAAACUACAGGACGCUGGGCUCUGCAGGCUCUCAGACAGCAGAUGAGGAAGGACCCCGAGGGUGCCCUGAUCCUUCAGGAACGACCCCGCAUUCAGCUCUCUACUUUGGACCUGAACAGGCUCCGGGCCUUGCCAGAAGGCACUUUUGGCCGAGAAUAUGUGCACUUCUUGGAUGAUAACCGGGUCUCCCCAGACACCCGGGCCCCAACCCGCUUUGUGGACGAUGAAGAACUGGCCUACGUGAUUCAGCGCUACCGCGAGGUGCAUGACCUGCUACAUACCCUCCUCGGGAUGCCUACAAAUAUGCUGGGGGAGGUCGUGGUGAAGUGGUUUGAAGCCGUCCAGUUGGGCCUUCCCAUGUGCAUACUGGGAGCUGUCUUCGGUCCCAUCCGCCUCAACGCCCAAAAGCUGCAGGCGCUGACCGGCGACCUGAUCCCGUGGGCCGUCCGCAGCGGCCGCGCUUCCCGCUGCGUCCUGAACCUGUACUACGAGCGGCGCUGGGACCAGCCCCUGGAAGCCCUGCGAGAGGAGCUGCGUAUCCCCCAGCCUCCCCUGCUCAGCAGGAGGCGGAGGACCCCUGCCCCCCAACACUGAGCUAUCCACAGCCCGCUCCCCUGGGCUUGGUGGUCCACCAGCUGGUACCUUUCCUCCCUCUUUCCCAGGCUGGCGCUGGGCCGGGGGUCAAGGAGGGAGCAGC